CGUUCACCAUCCCCAGUUCGGUUUGUCCUGCUCUGGCACCGUAGUUGGGACACCCUGCUGAAGUUGCUUGGUAAGAGGUGGGCCCGUUGCUAAAAAAAAAAAAAAAAAAAAAAAAAUUAUAAUAAGUGAUACCAACACUUCAUCGGAGCACUUAAAAGUAAGGCAUCAUGGGCAACACCAGUGACAGGGUGUCUGGAGAUCGCCAUGGAGCCAAGGCUCAUCGCUCAGACAGCGGUGGCAGCCACAAAGACCAUGAACCCAGCAGCAAGAUGGUGGACAGCACAGACGACCCCAACAUCUUCAACACUCACGGGCCAGAGUCCAAGGCAGGAGAGAAAGAAUUCACCCCGGACCUGGAUGACUUGGUGAAGACUGGUCCUCAAGCUAGACCCACCGUCAUCCGCUGGGGUGGUGGGGGGAAGGAGGUCUACAUAGCUGGCUCCUUCAACAACUGGACCACCAAGAUCCCUCUGAAUAAGAGCCAUAAUGACUUUGUUGCGAUCCUGGACUUGCCAGAAGGAGAGCAUCAGUACAAGUUCUUUGUGGAUGGACAGUGGGUUCAUGAUCCAUCAGAGCCAGUGGUAACCAGCCAGCUCGGGACCAUCAACAACCUGAUCCAGGUGAAGAAGUCUGACUUUGAGGUGUUUGACGCCCUGCAGGUGGACUCUCUCGACAGCUCUGACACAUCAGAUCUGUCGAGCUCCCCUCCAGGGCCUUAUGGACAAGAGCAGUACAUCUUCAGACCUGAGGAGCGUUUCAAAGCCCCACCUAUACUCCCCCCUCACUUGCUUCAAGUCAUACUCAACAAGGACACCAACAUAUCUUGUGACCCUGCCUUACUACCUGAACCCAACCAUGUCAUGCUGAACCACCUGUAUGCCCUCUCAAUAAAGGAUGGAGUGAUGGUACUCAGUGCGACACACAGAUAUAAGAAGAAAUACGUCACAUCUCUGCUUUACAAGCCUAUCUAAACCUCACCUGUGUGCUCCACAGAGCUUUAGAGCAGCAUGUUUGUAAUCUGCUGGUUUUUUAUCAUCACAUUUAGCCAAAUCUUGCACUGAAACAACAGUUUACAGGUGAGCUACAGGCCGGUGGUUGCGACUGUGGCUAGGUUUAAAAGGGCACACUCAUUGUCUGUAUAGGGCUCUGAAGAAAAGUAGCAAAGUGCGUAGGGUGUGAGCCGUGAUGCUCAGCCUGUGCCUCAUAUGGGCCAGAUUAAAACCAUAUUGCGGCAUUUACCUUGAUGCUUCUACAGUUAUCCAGAGGUAAGAGACUGGCAAAACCACUGUGUGUUGAGUGUUUGCAGCACCUUUUUGAUUCUAUGCAUGUUAGUGUGUAAAAAGAAAGUUCAUUUAGUGCAAGAGAUGAAGGAACGACCCAGUUAGGGCACAUGUUGGCCUGUGAUAUAACACUAUGAGCAGCUAUGCAUUGAAGGCUCUGUUUCAUCCAUCAUGCUUUUAAAGGAUGUUUGCAAUGAUAGGAUUUUGACUGUUACUGGUGUGGAUUGACUGAUUUUAAAAGUAUUGUGUCCGCAUAUCCUCUCUAUGGAAAUGAUACAGUUAAUCCUUCAAUAAAUUGACUUAAUAUUUUUCUUAGCUAGUGUAUGCAGAAUACCUGAGUGGCUUAUGGCCACUAGCUAGGCCUAGGUGCUGAUGAGAACAGCAGACCUGACAUUGCAUGAGCUAAUAGUCAAAUGUUUCGCUUUGAGUACAAUAACCUGCUGUAGAAAAAGCUGAAUUGUAAUUCACAUUUGACUCAAAAGCAUCAUGCCCUGGUCCCGCUGAGGAGGCAGCAUUCACCAAGAGAUUAUGCAAGAAAAAGAUGUAAUUCUAUAUACAUUUUGUUGUUGUUGAAUUUUCCCAGAUUCAGCAGUCACUCAACAGAAUCACACGGCUUAGUGAGCCACUAUAUGAACCAAAUGAGCUUAAGAUUCAAAAUUCAAGUAUUUCAUGGUCACUAUGUGCAGACUGUUUAACCUUUCCAACCGAAUGUGCAUAUUAAACGAAUUUCCUCCAGUUGGGCUUACAGAUGCGUAGUGGAGGUCUGAGGCUGCAGGCCUACAUUUUAGUUCUGCCAUUGCCUUUAUUUUGACACAAUUUUGCGAGCACUUUACCAUCCUGUGAGCAGGAAUGUUGACAUAAGCUUUUAACUAUGCAGCGGACAACUCUUGUACUGUAGCUUUUCUGGACAGUAGAGUCCAGUCUGAGUUUUAUAGAUAUGCUGAACUUGCAGUGCUUUAUUUGUGUGCAUCUGUGUUGAGUUCUAUUUGCAUUGUCUUGUAUUGAAUGUAAAUGCUAUGAUUAUUUGGCACAUCUCACAAGUGUGUCCCCCUGAUCUCACUUUUGGAGUCAGUUUCUGAAAGGUCAUGUGAUAUUGUUAAUUGAUAUUUAAGUUCCCUUGUGCUUGUCACAUGUAUUAAAUUAAUGUAGGUUAUUUUAUACUGCAUACCAUUAAAUUAAAAGAAAAUCCCAGUAAAGAGAAUGUUGGCAUGCGGUGCCCAGUGCCCACAGAGCUUGGGUGCUGGACCACACUCACAUCACAGUGUGAGCAGAGAUCUCUCACACAUAAAUCAGUUACAAAUGCUUCAAGGACAAGUGGAGUUUAAUACAUGUUAAAGCUGUAAAACUUUGUUCACCUUUGUGUUUUUAAGCCUUUGAGUGACUGGUUUGAGUUACGGUGGGAUUUCAGAGAUGAAAACCUUUUUUUCCCCCCUCUUUUACAAGACUGUUAACAUUUGCCUGUCUACAUAACCUUAAUUGAUAUACUCAGAGAAAAUAUGAAAGGGGCUUUGAUAAAUCCUGUUUGUGGAAAAAAAAAAUACGUAAAGCAAAAAAUACUACUACGAUUAAAUGAAUGUCAAGCCUAGCAAUGCAUUGAGUUUUGUAUGAGAAUUUCUAGAUGUAUGGAUAUGAUAAGGGAGUAUGGAUGUAUUAUAGCGCCUUUAGGCUGAAACCAAAACUUGAAUUUUACAACUGUUCAUUCAAAAAACAAAAUAAAAAAGCUUAAGAGCCAGUAUUCACUGUACAGUUUUACUUGUUUGCCAAUAAAAAACGAUGACAAACCGUU